CAACAACAAGAGGCAAGAGGCAAGCAAACGUGGCACGUAUUUAAUGCAACGGUGCCACAGGAGACGGGCUCAGUCGGUGGUUGUUGAUCGUCUCGAGCGUUACACGCAUUCGCUCCUGCCUCAGUUCAGCACAGUCCACAGUCCACAGUCCUGUUCCGCUCUGCUCAGCCAGAGUCCUGCUAAUCGCACUAGCUGUGUAAACCCCAUCAAUCAGAUUCGUACAGAAGUAACCAGACUAACUCAAUCACAUUCAUUAAUUAAUCAGUCGCCGCGCGUGCAAGUCAACACAAUAAAUUCUGUGAAAUAAAUACGAAAUUGUAUUGGAAAUUCGAUUCUGAAAAAAUAAUAAUAAUAAUUUGGUUGCUAAAAAGUGCUACGAAGGAAAACAAUUUUCGACAAUCGAUUCUUAGUUUGUGGUUCGUGGAUCCUGCUGCUACAGCCUGAGCUCUCAUUGAGCUAUGAUGACCACAACGACCACACAGCACCACCAGCAUCCUAUCAUGCCGCCAGCCAUGCGUCCCGGUCCUGUCCAGGAGAGUCCCGUCUCGCGUCCCCGCGCCGUCUACAGCAUCGAUCAGAUCUUGGGCAAUCAGCACCAGAUCAAGCGCAGUGAUACACCCAGCGAUGUGCUGAUUUCGCAUCCCCAUCAUGGCCAUGCCCAUCACAUCCAUCACUUGCACCACAGCAACAGCCACAUGUUGCAGGAACAGCAGCACCAGCACCAGCAGCAACAGCAACAGCAGCUUCAGCAGCAGCAGCAGCAGGCCCAGGCCCAGGCCAAGCGCGAGGAUUCGCCGACCAACACGGAGAGCGGCCUGGAUGUGGACAACGAUGAUGAGCUCUCCUCGAGCCUCAACAAUGGCCACGAUCUCAGCGACAUGGAGAGGCCGCGCAAAGUCCGUAGAUCUCGCACAACAUUCACAACCUUUCAAUUGCAUCAAUUGGAGCGGGCCUUCGAGAAGACCCAGUACCCGGACGUGUUCACAAGGGAGGAUCUGGCCAUGCGCCUGGAUUUAAGCGAGGCGCGCGUGCAGGUGUGGUUCCAGAACCGUCGGGCCAAAUGGCGCAAACGUGAGAAGUUUAUGAAUCAGGAUAAGGCCGGAUACCUCCUGCCCGAGCAAGGUCUGCCAGAGUUUCCGCUGGGCAUUCCCAUGCCGCCUCACGGCCUACCCGGGCAUCCGGCCGGCCUGCCCGCCGAGUUCUGGCCCCCCCACUUUGCCCUGCACCAGCACUUCAACCCUGCCGCCGGCCUCCUGCCCCAGCACCUGAUGGCGCCCCACUACAAACUUCCCAAUUUCCACACCCUGCUUUCCCAGUACAUGGGCCUGAGCAACCUGAACGGCAUCUUUGGCGCCGGUGCGGCGGCUGCAGCUGCGGCAGCGGCCAACGGAUCGGCAGCAGCGGCUGCCGCAGCUGCCGGCUACCCACAGAACCUAUCGAUGCACUCGGGCCUGUCCACGGCCCAGGUGAGUCCGCCCUGCAGCAACAGCAGUCCGCGGGAGAGCCCCAAACCGCUCGUGCCUCAUCCCCAUGCUACGCCACCCUCCGGCGGCGGCACCACCCUCAUCUCGGGCGGCCUGAUGCUCACUUCGACGGCCGCCCAGUCACCCUGCAGUGCAGGUGGAGCGAGCAGCAACUCCUCGACCCCCGUGUCCGUGGUGACCAAGGGCGAGGACUAGCUUCGCGGUGAUAUCUAUGUACAUACACAUCACACAUAGACACACACUUCACUGGCAGGGAUAUGCCACACUGUAAGAUAUGCAAGAGCGUAGCCAAUUGCCAAAUUGAACUUAGUCCUAACACGUACACGUAUUGCCUAUCUAUAAGAGAUCCAUAAUUAUAAUUAGCCCCAGCAAGUGUCAUACAAUUAGCCAUAACGCCGAAGCCAAGA